AUGGACGAAGACGACACAUCCCCACCUCACCCUCCCCAACUCAACAACGACAACGAGAGCGGUGCUGAAACCACCACCGUCCCAACCGCCACAGAACCAGAAGCCAAAGAUAACAACGGCAACAACCGAAAGUGCAAGGGCAAAGGUGGCCCGGACAACAACAAGUUCCGCUACCGAGGCGUGCGGCAGCGGAGCUGGGGAAAGUGGGUGGCGGAGAUCCGUGAGCCGCGUAAGCGAACGCGGAAGUGGCUCGGGACGUUCUCCACUGCUGAGGACGCCGCUAGAGCCUACGACCGAGCCGCAAUAAUUCUCUACGGCUCAAGAGCUCAGCUCAAUCUCCAGCCCUCAGGCUCUUCCUCCUCGCAGUCUUCCACCCGCGGAUCUUCUUCCUCUUCAUCGUCGUCUUCCUCCACACAAACCCUAAGACCGCUGCUCCCUCGGUCCUCCGGCUACACAGGCUUCAGCUGCAACUUCGCCUCUUCGGCUCAUCCUUUCGGAUUUGUGCCCUACAAUUCUAUUGGGGUUUACCCUAACUCCUCCGUACAGAUGACCAAUCACCUGGAAAAUUUAAAUCCACAGAAUCAACAAGUUGUAGUGCAGCAGCAGCAGCAGCAGCAACAGUUUCACCAUUAUCCAUUAUCAUCUGAUGGUUGCGGUGACGUCACCACCACCACACCAACCUCGUACUCAAACCCUAGUGCCCAUGCUCAUCAGCAAUACCAAGUACACCAUCAACAGGAUUUGAAUCAGAAUCAGAGUUGCACUUCGUACGAGAAUAUGAACGCCAUUGUUGAGUGCGUGGGUUCGAGUUUGUCUAUGUCUUCGCAGCCCAUGGUGGCUGCACCGGUGGUUUCGGAUCCGAUGAUGAUGGGGCAAGGCGCACCCAUGUCGCCGAUGUGGCCACUUACGAACGAGGAGUGUACCCAGAGUUUCUGGGACUACUACGGUGACCCUUUCUUUUUGGAUUUUAAAGGAUUGGAUUGA